AUGCGCAUCACUUCUGUCAUUUUGGCUCUUUUCGCUUCGGCGGCAAUGGCCGCACCGGCCCCUCAGUUUGGCGGUGGUGGUUCCAUUUGUUUUGAUGCCGGCGACUGUCUCUUCUCCAAAGGGGGCAAAAAGUGUAUCAGAGACAAGGCGAAGCCCAUUCUCGGAGGAAUCUUGGGGUGA